AGACCCAGUGACCUGAUACUGAAUCUGCACCAGGAAGCUCUGAGCGGACAAGACUGAUGCUGAAGUCAGAUGUUGCUUUGAACAUGACCAUGAAAAUGGACGUCCCUUACAAUCAGCUGGUGAACGUGGAGGAGAAGAGGCAAGAGAGCAGAAAAACACUGAUGUACUCCCGCUGGGUGCUGGCACUGGCCACGUUAGCCACGGUGCUGCUGGCUGCCAUGGCGAUCUAUGACCUCCUCACGCCCAGGUUGACCUCGUCCCACCCGGCCCCGAGCAGCCGCCUCCGUCUGCCCACGGCCGAGUCCUGCUCCGACCCCUGCAAGAUUGUUCUGGUGGAGAGUAUCCCUGAAGGUCUGGAGUUCAACUCCAGCACCACCCACCCCUCCAUCUUCCAGGCCUGGCUCGGUCUGGCAGCCGAGGCUCGCAGCAGUCUCGACAUCGCCUCCUUCUACUGGACGCUCACCAACAAAGACACUGGCACCCAGGAGCCGUCAGCCUAUCAGGGGGAAACCGUCCUGCAGAAACUGGCUGAACUUUCAGGGAAGGUGUCCGUUCGUAUCGCCGUCAACACGCCGCAAGCGAGUCAACCUCAGGACGACCUCCAGCUGCUCAACAGCUCAGGAGCUGACAUCAGGGAGGUGAAUAUGAGAGAACUCACUUCAGGCGUCCUACACACUAAGUUCUGGGUCGUGGACAAGAAGCACAUUUACAUCGGCAGUGCCAACAUGGACUGGAGGUCCCUCACACAGGUGAAGGAGCUCGGCGUGGUCGUCUACAACUGCAGCUGUUUGGCCGAAGACCUGAGUAAGAUCUUUGAUGCCUAUUGGUUCCUGGGGGAGAGUGAGUCGAUCCCAUCGCCAUGGCCAACCACGUUCUCCACCCUCUACAACAAGGACACGCCCCUGCAGCUCACCAACACGCCGGCCAGCGUUUAUCUAUCGAGUUCCCCCCCGUCGUUCUGUGCCGCCGGCCGGACUCCGGACCUCCAGUCCGUCCUCAGCGUGAUGGACGAUGCAGACAGCUUCAUCUACAUCGCUGUGAUGAACUACCUGCCCACCAUGGAGUUCUCCCACCCUAAAAGGUACUGGGCUGACAUUGACACCCAGCUGAGGAGAGUGGCCUACGAGAAGCGGGUCAAAGUUCGCCUGCUGAUCAGCUGCUGGGCGAGCACCCAGCCCGUCAUGAUCCCCUUCUUGAAGUCUCUGGCCUCCGUUUACGAGCCCAAGAGCAAACUCGACAUCCAGGUGAGGCUGUUUGUGGUUCCUGCCAGCCCGGAGCAGAAGGAGAUUCCCUUCGCCAGAGUCAACCACAACAAGUACAUGGUGACGGACAAGGUCGCCUAUAUAGGUACGUCGAACUGGUCAGGUGACUACUUUGUGAGCACCGCUGGCUCGGCACUGGUUGUCAAUCAGACCGCAUCCCAGUCCCCGGAGCCGACCAUCCAGUCCCAGCUGAAGGACGUGUUCGAGAGGGACUGGAACUCCGACUACAGCACGCCUCUCACCCAACACUCAGACCUCAAGGUCGUCUGUUAGUUCCCACAGCCAAUAGUUCAAAACCCCGGAGCUGCUCCACAGUUCAGCUCCUCUGCUUAACGUGUACAGAGCUGGAGGUGCAGUGUUAUUCCUUCAGAUUCUCAAAUAGAAAAACCCCUGAGCUGAAACAUCAGCCGAGCCCUCGGUGGAGCCACGUUUUCUCCGUGUGCUUGGGUCCAAAGAAAGAGAACAAAACUUCCAGUUGACUUGUUUUAUCACAAGUUUUAGUGCCAAACUUCACCAUGAGAGGAAAAACGCCUUCAAACCACUUAACAGCUCAGUGGCUACUUCAGUGUUACUCAGGCGAGAGAGUCUUUACGUCUCUUGGCUGUUCCGAUCAAAACUGACCUUUUUGUUUCACCCCUUUUUAAAUAACACUUGAAAUCACAUCAAGUGAUAAGAAAGUACAUAAACCUAACAGCAUAAACCUUCUUUAAGAACAAUGUCCCAUCUGCUAACAUGGAGGGGGCUGAGUUUAUUACCUACACUACAGCCAGCCACCAGGGGGCGACCAAGAGGAAUUCCUCUACAUUUUGGGGGGGAAAUCUUUAUAUACAGUUUAAUAACAAAACAAAAAAAAACUUCAACCAACAUGAACGUUAAACAUUAGAAUAAUCCAGUGGUUUGUGCUAUGUCAUGCCAUAGCACUAGGGGGCACUGUUACAUCUCUUCAUUACUCAUGAAUAUUAAUUGAUGGAUUUCUCAUUUUAAAGAUCAAUCACUUGGUUCUUAUCUUCGCUCAUCUCAGGGAGAAAAUAUUGUGUUUUCUUAACGGAUCAUUUAUCUUUGCUGGACUUUGCUGUGCCUGUACUUUAAUUAUCAGGAUUUAGGAUUUUAAACUCACUGUUUUUAAAUACAUUAGAUGUUAGAAGUUUGCAGCUGUAGUGAUUGACGAUGAUCAAAUUUACUUUCCACUGUGUGGAGUGAAUUCAAACUUCUAAUUAGCGAAGACAUGGUUGUUAAGAAGCGUGUGUACAUGGGUAUGAUUACAUUACAGUGUAUGACAAAGCUCUGGAGCGGUCACGUGCUCCAGCAGCUGAUUCACAACCAAGGCAUUUACAAUAACCUCCACUAUCCAAGCCUCCACCUUUUCUAGUUCAGAGUCGUAACAAGGAUCCAAAGUAUUAAAUGUUCAUCAGUGUCCUGGGAGUUUUUAAUUCAAUUGGAGCCUUCAGCACCAAGCCUGUUUCCUUCUGCUGCAAUAAAUGAUUUAAUGAGGACAA